CAGAAAACGGCCUUUGUUAUGGGCGCAUAUCGGCGCAUUUGAUGCAUGAUGGUGGGCAACAUAUAGAUCUGGCACGCGUGAUGGCCGCUGACUCAGAACGUGGUGAAUGUGGGAGUGCUGAGCCUCGUGUAAUGCCGAUGGUGGUGCAGCCUCGCCUGUGGCUGCUGGUGGGAUGCGCCCUGCACUACUUCUUCAGGUCCAUGAGCCUCGCUGACACACACACGCACAGAGGCAAUCAGCGAAGUACUCACACACAGUCCUGCCUGACUGCUCUGUGUGUGUGAUUGCAACAGUACUGGGUGUUAUCUGGGGUGGGCGGCAAUGAUCAACAUACUCAAGGUACAACCGCCGUGGCGCACAAGCAAAGCAUUUGAAUACCCUAUGAGUCAGUCGUGCAUGUGUGUGUGUGCGCGUGUGUGCGUAUGUGUGUCUGUCAUCUAUGAGUGUGUGUGUGCAGGGCGAGGCGCUGUAUCGUCACCUCUGUGAGCCGUCCCUCUCCCUCGCAAACCCCGAAGAGGCGGCACUGCUGCUGCGGCACGAGAGCUGCUCCGCCGAGGAUGUGCGCCUCAACUUGAUGUUUGUCGUCAUGAGUGCCCUGGGCAUGUGCGCAACGCUGCCCUUGGGCUUCCUUAUUGACAGAUUACCAAAGUGGAUUGGGAGGGGUGGGGGGGUUGAGGUGCUGGUGUGGAUAAGUGUGUUGGUGCGGUGUGGUGGGUUCAGGUGCUUGUGGGUGUAUCAGCUGCUGAUUGCGUGUGGUCCUGCGCUGGUGGGGAUGGGCACGCUGAUGCCCCACGUGCAGCGCCAUGUGGACCUCAUUUUCAUCGGAUUCUGCCUCCUCGUCCUGUGAGCCCAUACACGCACACGCACACGCACACGCACAAAGAGAGAGAGAGAGAGAGAACACACACGCACAGAGGGGCAACAUGACCUUCCUCCCCUCUCCCUCUCUCUCUCUCUCUCUGUGCGUGUGUGGGUGUCUGUGUGUGUGUCUGUGUGUGUGUGUGUACCCAUCCAUUCAGCCCAGGUGGAGCGGUCUCUUUUGUCCAUUUCCACGUGGCCAACCUGUUCAUGAACUCAUUUGCGAUCGUCAUGACCAUCCUCAGUUCGGCGUACGGCUUCUCGGCCUUCCUCUUCCCCGUCUUCCACGCCCUGUGGGCCAACACGUCAAUGCGGCUGACCCACAUCGCCUUCGGAUACGCGGCAAUAUUGUUCGCCUUUGUACCCUUCUGCCUCGUUCAGGUCAGCCACAGAGAAUGGCAGGCAGGUGGUCACAUGUCGAACAUCCCUCUCUGUGUGUGUGUGGGGUUGUUGCAGCCCGCAGCCCGCAGUGAGGCAGGAGAUCGUGUCGGCUUUGAGUGGCGCAAGGGCGGCUUCUACCUUACCGCAGACACCCCACAGGAGCAGCGCGAGCAGAAGAGCCAUGAGGAGCAGCCACAAACCGAUGACCCAAACCAGGUGGGCGACUGUCACGGCCAGCCGUCAUCCGACAGGUGUGGCGUCGAGUCGUGCUCGCGGCCGGCGACCAUCGCCACGAGCACACCCGGCGACUCCUUCCCGUCGCCGCCCUUUACCUCUCGUCACUUGUCUGACUCCGCCCCUGACUCCGCCCCAGUCUCCCCCCUGCCCCCCAUGGCUGAUGUGAGGAACCGGCGGGUCAUCCGGCAGAUGUUUGACCCGGGGAACCUCAUCAUGCUCGCACAUCUCACCUACUGGUGCGCAGAGGAUGGGUGGGGUGGGUGGAUGGGAGGGAGGCACUGAGUGAAUGCCAUGUGUGUGUGUGUGUAUCGUGUGCACAGGAUGUUUGUGCUGCAGUUUUAUUUGAGCACUGCCAACAUCCAGCUGGGCGUCAUGACGGGCGCCAACGAGCUGGAGACCGUCGCGCAAGAGAGGAGGGCGGCGGGGGAUGCGGCAGACGACGACACGGACUUUGCGGCCAAACUGGAGGCAGCUGAGUCGUCGAGGGCGUUAUGGACCUCUGUGCUGGGCUGGAUCAUACCAUGGUGAGUGGUGAGGAGGGGGAAAGAAGGCAGGCAAUGUGUGUGUGUGUGUUCGUGUGUGUGGUUUGUGCAGGGCGUGGCUGGUGACUUUGUGUGUGGCGUCUCUGAUGAACCGCAAGGGCGUCGUUGCGGGCUACUGUGUGCAACACACGGUAGGGUAGGCACACACAUGUGACAAACCAAACGUGCCCCCCCGACACUCAUCAUCGACUGUCUCUCUCUGUGCCAGUUUGGUCUCCUUCACUGUGCCUUGGCGGCGACGAUGGUGCUGGCCGUUCAGCCGCUGACCUUUGUCCUUUACGCGACCGCACUCGACGCCCUAUAUGCCGUCUAUAUCACGUUCAUAGGUACCCACCCACCCAGCCACCCACUCCACCGCACGCACAUUUCGACUGUAUGUGUGCAGGUCUUGAGUAUGGCUUUGAGCACUCAUCGACGCUUGGAGGCUGGCUCUUUCUGGUGCGGUCAAGACAGAAAUGACAGACACAUCGAUCCCUGUGUCAUCUGUCGAUCGGUCCUCAGGUGUCCGGUGCCCCUCUGCUGCUCAUCAACCCUCUGCUAGAAGCCAUCGUACGCCAACACACACACACACACACACACAGACCACCACCAGGGAGAAAUGUGCGUACGAUCUUAUCUCCUCCCUUUGUGUUUGGUAUGUGCGAUGCAGCUGGAGUGGGGUGCCCCUUUCCAGGCGCUCAACCUGGUGUUUCUGGGUGGCGGUUGUGUCGCGUCGCUGUCGGUCCUGUGGCUGCAGAGGUACGAGGCCAGCAAGAGGGGCGGCGGCGGCGGCGGCGAGAGGGGGGUCGGUGCGCCACCCGCCAUGAUACGCAGGGGCAUCUCGAUGCUCUUUAGGGGCAAGAAGAGGGGCUGUAGAUAGACGGACUGCUGGAUGGAUGGAUGGACAGACGGGAGCACUGCCUGCAUGCCCAGCCUGACUCAAUCAGCCUGUUUUAGUGAGGCAUGCGGUCCGGUCGGAUGGAUUUAAUUCUCAAUGAUGCUUGGCUUGGAGCUGUAGAUAGACUGUCCAAACCAUUAUUGAGAGUGUCAGCCGCAACCUUUUUCGCUGAGACUGGAUGACAUUUCGUGAGACCUGAGG